GCCAGUGACUCUUACGCUAAAUCGCUGGUGGCGUCCUGACACCGCUGUGCGACGGGAAGAGUAGUACAAGAAGAAGGAAGGUGCAUUUAUCGGUCAUUUCAAGUUGACGAAGAGUCCACCUCGUGGUCUUCACUUUCUGUAGAGUAUAGCUUUACAUGAGCUGGCUUUGCAGUGAAUAACCUGGUAAAAUGACGGCUUUCGCAAUGGGCGUGUAGAAGUUGUAGCGUUACAGUAUCCUGGACAGUGGCGGUAGUAGCCUUACUUCUGCACCCGGAGAUGGAGCCGUUUGGAGACAUUUGCACAUUUCUCGGCUGCUUUGCGGGCAUUGCGCUGGGAGGGCUUGUGUUUACAGCCUACAAACUUGGCUUGCUGUAUCAGUUGCUUCACAAGACAGAGACCAAGAGCCCCCGUAAUGGCGGUGAGAGCGUGGCAGAGGUGCUCCGGGCUCACGGCAUCAAAUUUGUUUUCACUCUUGUCGGCGGACACAUCUCACCCAUCCUCGUGGCUUGUGAGAAGCUGGGCAUCCGCAUCGUGGACACCAGACACGAGGCCACUGCUGUUUUCGCUGCGGAUGCCGUGGCGAGGCUUUCAGGCACUGUCGGUGUGGCGGUCGUGACCGCCGGCCCGGGCCUUACCAACACAGUGACGGCAGUGAAGAACGCUCAGAUGGCCGAGUCCCCGCUGCUGCUCAUGGGAGGAGCUGCUGCCACUCUUCUCCAGGGUAGAGGAGCACUGCAGGACAUCGACCAGAUGUCUCUCUUCAAGCCGCUGUGCAAGUUCUGUGCCUCCAUCAGGACUGUCAGGGAGAUCGUGCCUACGGUCAGGAAGGCGCUGGCCAUCGCCCAGUCUGGGACCCCUGGCCCUGUUUUCAUCGAGAUCCCCAUCGACACACUUUACCCCUUUCACCUGGUGGCCGAAGAGGUUCAGGUUAAAAAUCCCCCUAAAGGCCUGAUGGGAAAAAUCGUCACCUGGUACCUCAAAAACCACGUCAUGAACAUUUUUGCUGGAGCGUGGGAGGCCAGAGAUGUGUCUCCACUCCCUGUUGACAUCCCAUACGCCACAGAUGAUCAGGUCCAAAAGUGUAUAGAGCUGCUGAGCCGAGCCAAGAAACCUGUUAUUGUGCUGGGCAGCCAGGUGACACUUCCCCCUACGCCUGCCGAUGACAUCAAAAAGGCUUUGGAAACCCUGGGCAUCCCUUGCUUCCUUGGUGGCAUGGCCCGUGGCAUUCUGGGUAAGAACAGUCCCAUCCACAUCCGACAGAACAGACGAGACGCACUGAAGGAGGCUGACUUGGUGCUGCUGGCAGGUACGGUGUGCGACUUCCGCCUGAGCUACGGCCGAGUUCUGAACAGGCGCAGCACGAUCAUCGCUGUCAACAGGGACAAGAAACAGCUGCUGAAAAACUCCGAUUUGUUCUGGAAACCCACUGUAGCAAUUCAAGGUGAUGCUGGCUCAUUCCUGUUACGGCUCUCCAAAGGCCUGAAGGGCCACAGAUGCCCAGAGGAGUGGCCUCAGAAACUCAAGGCAGGAGAUGUUACCAAAGAAAAUGCAAACCGGUGUAAAGCUGAUGAGAAGACAGAGCGGCAUUUAAAUCCUUUGAAAGUUUUACAUUGUGUGGACGAGCUGAUGUCAGAUGACAGCAUCAUUGUUGCUGAUGGGGGGGAUUUUGUCGGCACUGCAGCUUACAUCAUGAGACCGAGAGGACCUUUACGCUGGUUGGAUCCAGGUGCCUUUGGGACUCUGGGAGUCGGAGGAGGGUUUGCUCUAGGGGCAAAGCUGUGCCGUCCUGAAUCUGAGGUGUGGAUAAUCUAUGGUGAUGGCUCCUUAGGAUACAGUGUGGCAGAGUUUGACACAUUCACCCGACACAAGACACCAGUUAUCGCACUAGUGGGCAACGAUGCAUGUUGGAGUCAGAUCUCCAGAGACCAGGUGUCCAUAUUGGGCAGCAAUGUGGCUUGUGGCCUCGCAUUUACAGAUUAUCAUAUAGUUGCAGAUGGUUUUGGUGGCAAGGGCUACCUAAUAGGACGCGAGGACGAGGACAGGCUAAGUGACAUAAUCAGUCAGGCUCAGAAGGAGAGUCGAGAAGGCAAGGCCACACUCCUCAAUGUGCUGAUUGGGGUGACCGGCUUCAGAGAGGGCUCCAUCUCUAUAUAGAGGAGGCCACAGCUGUGCCUCGGCUCUCUGAAACACAGCGUUCUUUCUCCUUCACUUGCAAGUCUUUUUUGGCUUGCCUCAAAACACUUUUUACAGGCAAGGUCAAAGAAGGGUUACAAGGAAAAGGCGGAUUGGAUACUAUUUAAAGCCCAGCCCAGUCCUUAUCAGACCUCUGUUAAUCCUGUGUGCCCUUAAAGUGAUGUUUCACUUUGGUGAGAGAUUUUGACUUAAUAGCACGCACAUCCCCUGUAUGAGUUCAUGAACAGUCAGCUAUCAAUAUGGUAUCUGUCGCCAUGUCACUUGCAUUUAUCUUUAUACAUUAGUCAAUACUGGUAACAUGUGUGAACUUGCAAACUACAGAGCCAUGACUCUGAUAUCUCAGUAAUUGAUAAUUAUUUUGAAGAUGGUGGUGACCAUGAAGGCAGCUAAUAUCACAGGUUGACUGCUCAUAAACCUAUGUUCGGGUAUGCAACAUAAAUAAAAAUAAAGAGAAACAGUCUACUAACGUUAAAUAUAGCUUAAGAUCUGCCAGCCUAGAAACACUAAAGCUUUUCACGUUAUGCUGUAAAACAGCACAACUGCUGCAUUUAAGAAGGGAAAGGAGGAAAAAUGCAAACUGUGUGCUUUGCUGAGGGAUAUAAACUAUUCGGGAACUUCAUUUUGUUCUCUAUUAGGACAUUUCAUGUAAAUAAAAGAAUUAAUUCAAUUAUUCUGCUUGAGAGAGAGUAUUGGUUUUACGAAGGAAAUCUGACCAGUAUGCCUUUUUUGCUGUUAUGAAGUGGACAUUUAGCAUUUUUUGACAGAUUGCUGUUUACAUUGAAUACCAUUGUGGUAAUAUGUCAGCAACCAUGGUUUAUUCAUAGAUAACUGUUAAAAAGCAGCCAGUCCGGUUUAUUGUCUUUUGGUCUUGUUGAAGGAAUUUGUCAUUAAAGACAGAAUGCCUAACUCUCACCUUAAAUACUGCAGAAACAAAUAUUUUUGUAAAAAUCAAUGUAAAGACUUUUUUCUUUUUAUUUGCAGCUUGUUCAGAAAGACUUCCACUGUAGAGCAGGGUUAACUGUUGCUUUAAUAACCUAUCACAACUGAUACUGUCCAUCUGUUUGUGUAUUUCAUGAAAAAAAACAUGUUAAUUUCAAUAUGUCAAAGUAUGCCUUUAACUUUUGAUUGCACAAUCAAAUUCAUUGAAAUGUAGAAUUCAAACAAGUAUGUCUGCUGAUUUAGUUGUUAUGUAUUCAAAUGAUAUUUAAUUGUAACUUGUAUGCAGUGGUGUGGGGCUAUGAUCUAAAAAAAAAAAUGCCUAUUGCACUAUAACUACCAUAACAUAUGUACUCACUAGGUGAAUGCAAAUCACCUCACUUAAACAAAUCAGACAUUUGAGCUUUUGACCAAAAAAUAUGUUUGUUUAGAUUCAAUCACAAAUAAAUUGAAAGAAAUUGA